CAUCUGGGUGGGCAGAGGGUGGACCAGCCUCCUCGUUGCAGAGGGAGGUGGUACCUGCAGGGUGACAUUUGGCUAACGAGUCCAGGUGGCUGUUGAGGAGGAGCAAGAGUUCAAGACUCUCUUCUUUUCUCCUGGACAUCAGGUAGACCACAUCACUUGACAGCACGUUUUUUAUCUCUGGCCAAGGGAAAUAAGAAGGCACUCAGCGCCUUGUGAUGAAGCUCAGGAGCCUCUUCGUCGCUCUGUCUUGGAUGUGUGUACUCUUAAACCCAUGCCAGUCCCAAGAGGUACAUGAUGAUAAGCCUAAUAUAGUCCUGAUGAUGGUGGAUGACCUUGGGAUCGGUGACUUGGGCUGCUUUGGCAAUGACACAAUCAGGACGCCUAACAUCGACCGCCUAGCCGGGGAAGGGGUGCAGCUAAACCAUCACAUCGCCGCAGCCUCCAUGUGCACCCCAAGCCGGGCUGCCUUCCUCACGGGGAGAUACCCCAUCCGAUCAGGAAUGGUUUCUAACGCAGUGGAUCGUGUCAUCAUCACACUUGGAGCCCCCGCGGGACUCCCUCAUAAUGAGACGACGUUUGCAGCCUUACUGAAGAAGCAAGGGUAUAGCACGGCACUGAUAGGCAAAUGGCAUCAAGGCUUAAACUGCCAGUCCCGAUAUGACCAGUGCCAUCAUCCGUAUCAUUAUGGGUUUGAUUACUACUAUGGCAUGCCAUUCACUCUGAUUGACCCCUGCUGGCCAGACCCCUCUCGUGACACAGAAUUAGCCAUCGGGAGCAAAAUAUGGCUUUGUGUGCAGCUGGUCGCUGUUGCUGCACUCACGCUUGCCCUGGGGAAACUGAGUCGCUUGAUCUCUCUUCGCUGGUCCCUCAUCUUCUGUAUGAUUCUUUUUAUUUUUCUGCUGGGCUACUUUUGGUUCUCCAGUUACAAAUCUCCUCUGUACUGGGAUUGCCUCCUCAUGCGGGAGCACGAUAUCACCGAACAGCCCAUGAAGGCAGAGCGAGCUGGCUCCAUCAUGGUGAAGGAGGCGAUUUCAUUUAUGGAAAGGAACCGUGAAGGACCUUUCCUCCUUGUUUUUACCUUUCUGCACGUACAUGUGCCUCUCCCCACAACAACCGAGUUCAUUGGCACCAGCAAGCAUGGCUUAUACGGGGACAACGUGCAGGAGAUGGACUCCAUGGUGGGCAAAAUUCUCGAUGCUAUCGACGAUUUUCAUCUGAAGAACCGCACGCUUGUCUACUUUACAUCAGACCACGGGGGGCAUUUGGAGUCACGGGUGGGCCACUCCCAGCGUGGCGGGUGGAACGGAAUAUACAGAGGUGGGAAAGGCAUGGCCGGCUGGGAAGGUGGAAUCCGUGUUCCGGGACUCAUCCGCUGGCCGGGAAGAUUGCCAGCUGGGAAAGUGAUUGAGGAACCUACCAGUUUAAUGGAUAUUUUCCCUACGCUAGCGGCCGUAUCAGGAAGCUCAGUCCCUCAGGACAGGGUGAUUGACGGCCGGAACCUCAUGCCCCUGCUUCAGGGUGAAGUCCAGCGGUCAGAGCAUGAGUUCCUUUACCACUACUGUGGCGCGUUCCUUCACGCCGUGCGCUGGCACCCCAAGGACAGUGAUGCAGUGUGGAAGGUUCACUACGUGACACCCGUGUUCCAGCCGCCAGGAGCUCACGCCUGCUUUGAGACCCUCUUCUGCCGAUGUUCCGGCAAACUGGUCACCUACCACGACCCUCCUCUGCUCUUUGACCUCACCAGGGAUCCCUCCGAGUCCACACCUCUGACCCAGGACACAGAGCCCUUGUACGAUGUCGUGAUCCAGACCGUGGCCAACGCCGUGAAGGAACACAGGAAAAGCAUCCUUCCCGUCCAGCAGCAGUUGUCCGAAUUGAAUUAUGACAGCCCGUGGCUGAAACCCUGCUGUGGAGUGUUCCCAUUUUGCCUGUGUGACAUGGAGGGAGGCACCUCCACUGUGCAGGCAUAAGGGGAAGAAAUAACUGAGAUCGAGCAGUCAAUGUUAGCCAACAUGGCACCUGCAAAAUUUCAGGAAGGAACUGGAGAGCCAGUGGGUUCGUCUACCAUUGCAGGAUGACUAAAUGCCCAUUGGUUGUGACGCGAUCGUUAACUUCUUUUCUGCUUUUGGUGAUAGGUGUGUAUCUAAACAUGUCUUUCGGUGCUAGAAAACACGCGAUGGCAUCCAUUUGUGCCAUUGUCUCUGCUGCUCUCCAAAGCAAACUCUCUCUGUAAGGUCCUGUGUGUGUGCAUCUAACUGGUUGAUGGGGAACGGAAAAAUAGCCACUAUUAAAGCAUCAUAACUGAAAUUA